UCUGCUACGGUACAUGUGGUUUAUCGUUGUCGUCAUCAUAGUUACUGGGAAUCUUCUCAAUUCAUCUUCUAUCUCUGUUCCUGUUCGGUGUGCAUGCUUCCAAUCUGUUCGACCAAAUGUUUCAAUGAUGUUGCUGGUGUCUGAUUUGUUUCAGUAGAACGGAUGAAAUCAUUCAACUAUGAUACUGCGACCAUUUCUCUUCCGCUUUGUUGGUGUUCUUAUUCAAUCGGCCUCGCUCUUCUCGAGCAACUCAUUAGCGGCAAGAAAGAUGCUGCCAGAAACUUUGCUUGUGGCCACUAUUCAAUUGGCAAGGAGAUCGUCAACUUGUGCUUAGACCGUAUCAGAAAGCUCGCUGAUAACUGCACUGGUUCUGGUCUUGGUUCUCUCCUUCGGGUGCGUCUGUCCGUUGAUUACAGCAAGAAAUCCAAGCUAGGUUUCGCUGUCUACCCAUCUCCUCAAGUCUUUACUUCUGUUGUUGAGCCCUACAACAGUGUUCUCUCGGCUCACUCUCUUUUGGAGCACACCGAUGUAUCUGUUAUUCUUUACAAUGAGGCCAUCUAUGACACUUGCAGGUGCUCUCUCGACGUCGAGCAACCCACUUACACCAAUGUUAAUCGUCUUGUCUCUCAGGUGAUCUCCUCUUUGACUACUUCACUAAAGUUCAAUGGUGCAUUGAACGUCGAUGUAAUCGAGUUCCAGACCAACUUGGUCCCCUACCCAAGAAUCCACUUCAUGCUUUCGUCUUAUGCUCCAGUCAUCUCUGCCGAGAAGGCUUACCAUGAGCAUCUAUCAGCUGUUGAAAUUACCAACAGUGCUUUUGAACCCUCUUCUAUGAUGGUCAAGUGCAACCCUCGUCAUGGCAAGUACAUAGCUUGUUGUUUGAUGUACCGUGGUGAUUUCAUGCCCAAAGACAUCAACGUUGUCAUUGCCACCAUCAAGACCAAGCGCACCAUUCAGUUUGUGGACUGGUGCCACACCGGAUUCAAAGUUGGUAGUAAUGUAGAUAAGGGUGUUCAAAAUUCGGUUUUAACCGAAUUAACCGACCAAACCUAA